UUGACAGGCGCAGACACACACACACACACACACAGCCAGUCAAAACGAACCACCUCGUCCGACAAGAAAUACAGUUGCUUGGGGAGUCCUUUUUCAGCAUUAAUGCUCCAUUUUCAGACAUAAAGAUGGCAUCCCCACAGCCCGCUAGCCCGCCUCUUACAGAGCAGUACACCCCUCCAGCACGAGAUGAGGAGACUCAACAAGAGGAGGAGGCAGCCAGGGAUCCGCCUGUGAAAAAGCGAGGUAGAGGCCGUCCUCCGAAAUCCAAACAGUCAUUCAAGUGCUCAUCUUGCACAGAGUUCUUCAUAAGUGUGUUGGCACUGCGCAGCCACAAGCUUUCAGCGCAUGUGAGGGAGCACGCAUGUACUCAGUGCACUAAAACGUUCUCCAGCAAGGCUCAACUGUCAAAACACGAGAACACCCACUCGGCCCAGCGACCUUUUCAGUGCCCCGACUGUCACAAGGCGUACAAGACACCCACCGAGCUGCGCAACCACAGCCGCUCUCACACUGGAGAGAAACCGUUCAUUUGCACUGAAUGCGGGAAGGCCUUCAUGCAGGCGAUAUGCCUGAAGAUUCAUAUGACGCAGCACAGUGGUGAGCGCCCUUACUCGUGUCGCCAGUGCUCCAAGAGCUACCCCACUUUGUCCAAACUCAAGGUGCACAUGCGCUCUCACACAGGAGAGAAGCCGUACUUUUGCGGUGAGUGCGGCAAGAGUUUUGCUGACCCCUCUGUGUUCCGUAAGCACAGAAGGAACCACCAGGGUCAUCGUCCGUAUGCCUGCAACGAAUGUGGCAAAACCUACACGGAGCUGAAGGACUUGAAGAACCACGAGCGCUCCCACACAGGAGAGAAACCCUUCCUGUGCUCCGACUGCGGCAAGGCCUUCUCGCGGUCGUCCUCAUUGGUCUGCCACCAGCGCAUCCACUCCCAGAACAAACCCUAUCACUGCGAGCAGUGCGGCAAAGGCUUCACCCAGCUGUCGUCCUAUCAGUCUCAUCUCCGCACGCACUCCGGAGAGAAGCCCUUCCUUUGUCCGCAGUGCGGCAAGAUGUUCUCUGACCCGUCCAGUUUCCGGCGGCACCAGCGAGCCCACCUUGGAUUCAAGCCCUACCCCUGCGAUAAAUGCUCUAAAAGAUUCCGACAGCCGGCGGAUUUGGCCGUGCAUGAACGGGUUCACUCCGGAGAGCGGCCUUAUAAAUGUCAGAGCUGCGACAAGGCCUUUGUGGCAUCUUGGGACCUGCGGCGCCACAUGCUCGUCCACACGGGUCUUAGGCCCUUUUCAUGCACAGAGUGUGACAAAUCGUUUACAGAGCGCUCCAGCCUCAACAAGCACCGCCGCGUGCACUCGGGAGAGCGUCCGUUUAAAUGCGGGGAGUGUUUAAAGUCGUUUGUGGUGUCCUCCAGCCUGCGCAAACACGAGAGGACUCAUGUGGUGGAGCAACAGCAGCAGAGACAAGAACCAGAGGAGGCAGCAGGCUUCAGCAGCCACACCACCCUCCCUCAGUUCUCCUGCACUCACUGCGACACCACCUUUGCCACAUGGGAUGAAGUCCAAGUGCACGAGAAUCUCCAUGCCGUGGACCAAGCCCAUCCGAGCGCGGGGAAGACAGCGGGCUUGCACACGUGCGGGACCUGCCAGGUGGAGUUCACGCAACUGGCAGACCUGCAGGAGCACGAGAAGCAGCACCCAAAGCCCAGGCCUCAUGUGUGCCCCAGUUGCGGCAAAGGCUUCCUCAACCGGGCCGGCCUGCGCAAACAUCAGAAGAUCCACUCAAGCAGCAAACCUCAUAGUUGCUCCCACUGCGGGAAAGCCUUCCUGUUCCCUGCCUACCUGCGCAAGCACUUACGGACUCACCAGGCCACCUCACUCAAAGACUUAAACAUCAUCCACACUGACCCGCUGCCCUCUCCUUCGGCACCCCCUAAUGAGUCGCCCCAAAGCACUGUGGAGGCCAGCAGCAUCUCUCUGACAGUCCCUGCCACCGUGUCUGCUGCCAGUUUUCAGACUCUACCCGACUACUUAAUCAAGGAAGAAGGACUUGACACAUGCUCAACCAGUGUCCUUAAAUAGUUUUUUUCUGAAAGGCCACAUUAAUGCUUUGUCUUGUAUAGCUGUCAUUAUUGUGGUGUUAAAGUUUUAAAAAAUCCACCUUGUACGAAAACAUGGCUUCUCACCAGAAUUUAGAUGGCUUUUGUACAAAAAGUCACACACAGAAAAAAGUACACUUAGAAUAUAAGACGACCUCUCCUUUUUUGGAAAAAUAUUUGAAGAUCAAAUCCAAGUCAGUAUGAGUGAAAUAACUCUACAUAUACUAUAUCAUAUAGAGCAAUAUAGAGCCAGAGCCAGCCAUUAAGUUUUGACAUUGAUCAAAUAAAUAUGGACUUUUUUUUUAAAAAUAAUGUAUUUCUUAGUGUCAGUCUUCAGAUUUCACCCUUCAUGUCUAUCUUUUUCCACGGACAUUGCCUUUAUUUUAUCAGGGUCGUUUUUCUUUAUUCAGUUCGAACUUAAUGGCAGUGAUUUGGCGUGACUGGGCUAGGAGUGUGUGAAUCACUUCAAGGCUUCAUGGAUUACCAUUAUCAAAUAUUAGCCUCAUAACUCCUCCUACAGUAUGUUGUUUGCUAACUUGCUAACAAUGUUUGAGACACAGUGGAUCUCGGGGUCAGGAUCUCAUCCCAAGUCAGUGGUGUGUGUGAGUGACAGGUUGAAAAUCUCUUGCUCCUCUGCCACCUGUUGGUUUGCAUAUAUAAACCUCUAGACCAGGGGUCACCAACGUUUUUUCUUGUGAGAGCUACUUUUAGAAAAUGAAAAUGGCCACAAGCUACUCAUUUUCGUAGAAAUCAUUUUCAUACCUUAUUUCAACCCAAACAAAGCAAAUAUGCUUGUUUUACCAAAACAUUCAUAAAAUUCUGGUAUCUACAACUCACAUUUUAUGUUUCAGAAUACUUUUUUUUCUAGUGUUCUCACAUUAUUAACUGAAAACCUGAAUGAAAAUGAAUGAAAAGCAGGCCUGCGGGCGCCUCAUGUGGUUGUGGGGGGGCUACCUGGUGCCCGCGGGCACUGUGUUGGUGACCCCUGAUCUAGACCCUGAAGCGACUUGUCUUUUUCAGAAUUUUUUCUUAUACCGGGUCAAUAUCGUAAUUUGUUUAAUGAAACUUAAGACUGUAAAAGAUUGCACUGUCAGCUUUGACUGAAACUUUCCAACUUUUUCUAGGAUUUCUUACGAAAUAUUUGCCUUCCUUGUGUGUAGUAAUUUCCUAAUUACGCGAUGUUACAUGCAUGUUGUAUGUCCAUCUCUUUACAUUUUUUCCAUAAUUUCAUUUCCUACAGCAACAUUUGCUUCAACUGAAUUUUGCAGUUGUAAUUCACAACUGUUUUACUGUGGAAGUAUUCAUAUUGAGUAACAUCUGACAAGUAUUCAACAAGAGGAAUAAAACCAAAGUCAAAUUUGA